AUGCUCCUCCCCCUCCUCAUCCUCCUUGGCUUCGCGGCCGCGCACCCCCUUGAGACCCCUUCUCCCAGCAUCACCGCCGUCGCCUCGACGAUCACCGCGCCCCCCGACCCCCGCCUCGCCCUCGAGGCCCGUACCCUCUCGACGACCUCCAUCUCCUACCCGCCCGGCUACCAUGCCCCUCCCGGUUUCUGGGGUGUGGUGUGGUACGUCGACUGGAUCCCGCACAUGCUCGAGAUUCCCGCGACGAUGAACGUCCAGGAAUGGCGCUCGGCGUUCUCCUACAGCCUGUACUACGCGCCGAACGCGACGGGAUGCGUGCCCACCCACGUGCCGCUCAACGCGCGCUUCGUCACCCCCGCCCGUGUUGGGUGGACGUACGGCCCCCCGCCGCGCUGCCCGCGCACGAGCACGCGCACGAAGAAGACCCGCACGCGCUGGUGGCCCCGUACUGAGGUGCCAGGACCUGAGAAGACCGGCGCGGUCGGCGAGCCCCCCAAGGCGCGCAACGAAGCUGACACCGAGGACGGAGACGAGGACGACUACAUGCUCCUCGCUGGCUGGUACUCGGACGAGGACCCGUACGCGGUCCAGGCCUAGAGCUUCGUCACCCAACGUCCGCGCUCAGCAGCCUUCAUAUUGCCGAUCAGUCAUUCAGUACUGGUCUGGUGGAGACAGGCGAGCCAUCUCCAUGGUUAUAAUUCAGUAUGUUAGAUAUGCACCAGUUGCGCCUCCAUCAUUAGUUGCGUGUCGCGGGUUUCUGCUGGGCAAUUGUAUUGUGAGUUGGAGCUGGGGUAAACGAUGGCCAUGACGACUUUAUUCUUCCGUGUCUCCGUUGAGCAGCGCUUACCUGGUCCUGGUUGUCCGUAACUUUGCUUGCUCACUGUAAGCACCUCAGCGCAUCCAAUACCUUUAUGUUGAUGAGCAGCCUGUUGCACCUACGAGUCAGGCCGUU